AUGGCUGACAACAUGUGUGGUCCUUCCAACCCUGUCAAGGGCUUGGCUCAGCACUUCAAUCGCAGUUCUGAUCGCCCAAAGGCUUGGGGUUCUUCUGCGAAAGAGUCCAAGUGGUCGAACUUUACUCCUGAGGAGUUCCGUGGAGAGGCUCGAGCCAAGCAGGCCAAGCAGGCCCAAGCUGCAGCUGAUGCUGCCUUCGCUGCCUUCACCACAAACGCGCCUCACCAUGGCAACGAGUUUGUGCACCCACCCCCUCACUUGGCCGAUGGUGCUGCAACUCUUCAGGAGGCUGCCAAAACCCAGUCUGUCGAGCAAGUGUCCUGGGUCAGAGAUUUCCACCGGAGCCAGGUUGCCACUGGCCAGCAGCCCCACCCCUACGGUGUGCUGGGCCAAACUCUUCGCCCUGGUGACCAGCUCAACCCUCAUGCCGACCUCCCCAGCUACGGCCCCGAGGGUGUUCGCCAGGCCUUUGGGGUGGCUCAGGGUCCUUCCGCCAUGCAGCUCCCCCUGUCUGCUCAGCAUGAGGCUGAGAUUUACCACUACAUGAAGUUUGCAGCUGCUGGUCCUCGUGAGCUCUUCCAGCCCCAACCACAGCCAGCUCCUACAGGCCACUACAACAAUUACCCUCGGACCACCACUCUUGCCAACACCACCGAGGAGGCCCUGGAGGCGGCCUUUGCUGCCUACGACCAGGAAUUCCAGGGAGAGAUGGACCAGUGGAUGACUCAUCAUGCUGAUGAGGACCUCAACAAGCACGACGAUGCCCUGAUCGAGAUUGCCUACCAGGAGAGCCGCGCUCGUGACAAGAAUGAUCCCACCUUCCUUCCCCAGAACAAGCCAGAGACCAAGGCCAUCUAUGACCACAUGCAGGAUGCAGAGCUCAAGAAGGCUGCCCGGGAGAUCAUGAACACCUUGAGUCUGAGCUCCAACGAGAAGCUCAAGCACUCCAGCUUUGUCACUCUCAUGAAGCAGCUGUCCAGGGGCGAGGUGGUCCUGAAGGGUAAUGAUCUGUUCAACACUGUCACUGGCCAGAUUAUCGAUGCCACCAAGGAGCCCCCUAUUGAGCCCAAGGAGAUCAACGUCAUCCCCUAUUCGGCUGUGUGCCCCAAUGCACCCGAGCCUGAUGCUCACCCUGACCCUGCCAAGGAGAAGGAGAUUCAGGAGAUGACCCAGGCCUUCAAGAAGUCGCUCCGUGUCAAGAUGAUGACUGAGUCAUCAGAUGCCCUGCACAGUGAUGAAACCGACAAAGAUUCUCAGGAGGCUGAGGGUUCUCACAAUGCUGCUUAA